AAUGGUCUGCAGGCCGCGCAACACGAGCACGAGCACGAGUCCGAGUUUGAGAGCGAGCCCGAGCCCGAAAACGAAUCCAAUUCCAUUCCGAAACCCAUUCCGUUGCCGCCACAGAAGCCAACGAGGCCCGGACCCAGUCGCGUGUUCGCGUUUUGCCUCGAUUUAAUUUUGAAUUUCGUUUAACGUUUUAUUUUUUUACUGUGUGUGUACAGUGAGUGUGUGCGGUGUGUGUGCCGCUGAGAGAGUUGUGAAAAAGCGCCUUGAUUCGAUUUGAAUUUGGAUUUAACAGUGAGGAGCGAACGAGGAGCAGCGCCGAAAAUUGAAAAUACCUUCAUCUGGUAACCAAGGAUGCUACGUGAGUGCCUGGCGCUAAUCGCCCUCCUCCAGCUGGGGGGCAUAGCGCGGGCAGUGCCCACCAUUCAGGGCGGAAAUGCACGCCAGCAGCUGGACAAGAGCUUCUUUCAGCCGCCCGAGAUUGAGCAGACAAUCGAUGAGGUGCAAAAGAUACUGGCCAACGAUCCGGCGCUGCCCAGACUAACGCGCGGCGAGAUCGAGGAGCUGUACGAGAAGGUCACCCGCGAGGAGUACGAGAAGAGCCUAGAGGCGGGCGACAUGAGCCGGGCGGACAGCAUGCGCGCCCUAAUGCUUGUCCUGCCCUUCAACACGGACAACAACACGGAGGAGAAUCUCCAGGAGCUGUACACCCGUCCCCCAGUGACGCGGGUCAUCGAUGCCUACACGCCGCCCGAUCCCGUCAAGUUCCUAACGCCAGAUCCCAACGCUCUGCCGCGGAGCACAGUGCCCGGUGGCAAUCCCGCGGUGGCGGCCACCACAUACAAGCCGGCCUACAGCCUGAACCUGGCUAAUCCCCUCCAGCAGCAGCAGUUUAGGCCCAUGCCGCUGGCCACCACCUACCAUCCGCCAGCGCCACCGCCGGUGGUUUAUCAGGACUUCAAGCCUGUGACAGCGGCCUCGGCGGCACCCGCUCCGGCUGCUCCUCCGCCGGCCGCUCGCUUUAGCUCCCAUUACAGCGCCAAGAAUGCGCAGUUCCUGAGGAAGCCCAAACCCUCGAGCGCCACCACGGUGACGGUGAAGCCCGUGGCGGACAUUCUGGAGAGCCUGGGCAUUGUCUCCGGUGGGAAAAGCGACUCGGCCCACAAGCGCUAUGCCCUGGACGACUACUAUCCGGCGGAGAGUGCACCGCAGCCGUCGGUGGUGGCGGUGGCCGAUCUGCGUGGGCUCCAGGGAGCUCGCAUCCGGCCGGAGGCGUACUCCAACUUCAAGCCUCUGAACAUAGGCGAGGAGCUGCGCGUGAAGCCCGAAGUGGAGGGUUACCUGACGCGCUUUGGGAUAGUGAAGAAGGCGCCCAAGGCUCUAAAGAAAGAGCCACUCAAGCCCACGGAGGAGCCCACGGGUGCCCACACGGAGCUGUCCACGGCAACGGCCAGGCUGCCGCCACAGGGUAACGCUGAGCUGGCCAAGCUGCUGGAGAACCUCCAGGAGCUGGAAAGGCUGCAAUCACAACCGAAACAGAAGGCCAGGAGCACCACCACUACGAGUACAAGUACCACCACUACCACCACCACCACCACGACUACGCCUGCUCCAGCUCAACUGAUCACCCACGGCGAGCCGCUGCUCAUCGAGGCCAAGAAGCCACGCCGCCGGAUCGAUCCCAACAUAGACCUGAACUUUGCCAAUGCUGGCAACCAGCAGGCCACGGCCACCAGCACCGACGAGCUGUCCAAGCUGCUGCAGAACCUCCAGGAGCUGGAGAAGCUCAAAAUCAAUCCGGAGAAUGUGAUCAAGGCAGCCAGUCCCAGUGCCCAGACCCUGGCCAGCAGGUUCUCCACCAGCACCAGCACGAGUACGACCACGACGCCCUCGCCCGCCCAGAGCGAGGCCCGUGAGCUGCAGCUUAUCCUGAAGCAGCUGCAGCAACUGGAGCAGUCCAGGAGCACCACCUCAACAAGCACCACGGUUAAGCCAACAAGGAAUUCUGGUCUAGGUGCAGCCUUGGGAUUGGGCUUUGGUCCUGGCAGCGGCUUGGGCCCCGCCGAUCUUCUUCAGCUGCAGCGACUACUCAGCGAUGAUCGGGAGCUGGAGAAGCUGUAUGAGCAGGCCAGAAACAGCAAGAAGAAGCAGCAGCAGCCGGCCAAGACAACCACCACGACGACGAGUACGACAAGUUCCAGUACUAGCACCACCACCACCACGCCCAGGCCCACUCCUUCAGUGGAUCACGCCCAGUUUGAGGCUCUAAUAACCCGCGUCCAGCAGCUGGAGCAGCUGCAGCAGCCCACCACGCCGCCCAACUUCCUUAGCCGCAAUGUGGCCAGGCCGGGACAGACCCUAAGCCUGCCCAGCAAUGACUUUGCCCAUCUCCAACAGCUGUCGCCCACACAGACGCCAGGCUACAGCCUAGGAGCUGUGGAGAUAUCCACGGCGGCCUCCACCUCCAAGCAGAGACCCUUGAGCAGCUUUGAGAGAAGCAACGGCCUCCAUCCGGACGAAGUGCAGCCGCAGGACUAUGUGCAGCUGCAGAAGCUGCUUAGCAAGGUGCAGGAGCUGGAGAGAGUCCAGCUGACCCACCCACAGACGCAAUCACACUCCCAACUGGUCACCGCCGCCUCGGUGCGGAGUCCGAAUGUAAAGAGCCUCAAUGGGGCACACAUAGUCUAUGCCCAGCCGGCCAAGGAGCAGGCUCUACUGGACACCGAACCGGAGCUCAAGCUGGAUCUGCCCGUCUACCAGAAGCCCCAGAGCACCACCACCAAGGCCACGCCGCUGCAGUCCUCCAGCGAGGAGCUGCGAGAGCUGGCCAUGAGCCAGCCAGCCCAUCCGCAACGGGGCUCUGCCUCGGAGCUGGACUUUGGCCAGUUCCAGCAGUUCUUUGGCAGUCUGGAGGAUACGGGCGAGCGCCAGAGCUACCAGCACAUGCAGCCCAUUUACAAGACGGUCCAAAACCAGGCCACUCCACCAUCACCGCCACGCUUUGUGCCCGCCAAAAGGGUCGUCACCACUAGCACCACCAUUAGUCCCAGGAAGGCCGAUCUAGCAGAGCUGCAAAAGCUACUCUACAAUACCCAGCAGCUGCAGAAGCUGGGCGUGGCCUUGCCCCAUGAGCUGUCGCAGCAGCUGGAGAGCCAGCUGCAGGCCACCUCCUCCUCCUCCUCCUCCUCCAGCAGCACCACCACCACAACGCCUGCUCCUGUCCAGGUGCAUGACACCUCCUCGCCGGCUGUCUUCUCCUUAACCACCAGCCGCCCCAGAAUACGCAUCCAGCCACUGGAGCCAGCCAAACCCAGCACGGAGAGCAGCCUGGAGCUGCCCGUCUUCAGUGCCACCAAGAUCAUCGAGGCGGCCAUCAAGCGGGCGGCCAAUAGGAUAGGCGUGAGCACAGAGCUGGCGCCCAAGUUGGGUCUCUCCGUGGGCAGUGGCUUCCGCAGGCGCAGCGAUGAAGGAGAGCCCGAGGAGGACUUGGCUGUGGAUGGUGGGGAUUCAGAGGCCAGGCUGGGCGAGCUGGAUGGUGACCUCAUGGCGGAGUUUAGCGAGUUGAACUACCAGCUGGCCAAGCCGGAAGAGGAGGCGGGAGAGGGAGUGGGUGCGGAAUCCCGGACCAAGAACAAGAGAGAGGACUCCAAGAGCGAGCUCAGUGAGCUGCAGCGUUUGAUUAGCAACCUGCAGGAGCUGCAGCAGCUCAACGUUAGCCUGGACCAGGUGGCAGUCAGCAGUACGCCGAGUCCAUCUUCGAGUCCAAGUCCCGAUGCCGCCUACCUGCAGUCCUUGCAAACAGGCCAGGAUGAGACCUUAAAGUCGCGCAGGCAGAGCGAGGCCAACGAUACCACCAGCGAGGCUGGAAAGAAGGAGGAGGACACUGCCCCUACGACCCAGGCACCGACUAGGAUCAGCCUGAGUCUGGGCCUGGACACCGACACCGAUGGCGACACCAAGGGUGCAGCCGAAGAGCAGGAGCCGGAGUCCAGUUCGACCACCACCACCACAGAGGAGUCUCGGAAUGGCUCUCUGGACGACCUGGCCGAUUCCUUUGGCCCGGAUCCCGUCAGCGAAGAGCCGCCGCCGCCCAAGAAGAAGAACGGCUUUUACUUCCUGGCCGAUUGGAACUCGUUCCUUGAAGUGGGCGACGGCGAUGACCAGGUGGUGGUGCGUCUGAGCCCCAAGAUUGGCGAUCCGCGUCUCUUUCUGCCCGUGAAGAUUCCCUCGUCGUAGGCGUUGGAUUUGGUCAUCGGGCAUAGCUGUAUAUAUGUUUUCCCCGCUUCCUUCAGUUCCUUUCCUCCUUUGUUCCUUUUCUUCCUUUAGAACCUUGUUGUCAUCGCAAUGUGUGUGUGUAUUUAUUGUAGUCACUGUCGUCCUUCCCCUCCU